AUGGCUAGUCCGUAUUUGCGAUUUCGCAAUGUCUUCUCACGGUAUCGUCCACCACCUUUACUACCCACCACCAUCCGAACCAUUCAGAUCUUAGCGACCUUACAUCUAGUCUCAACGACCUUAGUCGAAUUGAGGAUAUGUACCGGAUUCUCAAUGUUACCUACACUAUCGCAACACGGUGAUUGCGUACUGGUCUCACCUUUACCUUACUGGUCACCAUUCAGCGAGAAGCACACGCGUUCCAAAAGACCUAAGAGGGGUGAUGUCGUAGUAGCUACUUCACCUAUGGAUCCGAGUCAGACCGUAUGUAAGAGGGUAUUAGGUGUGGAAGGUGAUUUGAUAGAAAUAGAACCUAGAAGGGGUAAUCAGAGGAAAUGGAUCGAUAAUGCCGGUGUAGGGUUCAUGGUUGAUAUACCUCAAGAUAUAGAACUGGAAGGACACGAUCAAGAUAGACAUAUCUCUCAUGACGAAUUGGGAUUGAUGAGUAAACCGAAACGAAAUGGUCAAGGUCAAUGGGUAAAAGUCCCAAAGGGACAUGUAUGGCUUGUAGGCGACAACCUGAGUAAUUCGACGGAUUCGAGGAAAUAUGGACCUGUACCGAUAGCGAUGAUCAAAGGGAAAGUACUAGCUAGAGUAUACCCUAAUCCAGCUUGGAUAGAGAACAAUCUUAGACAGAUAGAUGAGUAG